CCGGCGAGGGUGCGGGUUCCGGCUUCCUGAUCCGAAGGCUGCUUUGCGCAAGAGGCGCCCGGGGAGGAAGUGGAACCGGAGCCGUCUCAAAGCAGCGCUUUUGCAAGCCGCCCCGCGGAUUCGGAGCUCUGCGCGGACGGAGGGGCGAUGGGAGUGAUCCAGUCCUCCAGCCUGCCCCAUGGGAAGGGGCCGCACGCCGUCGGCUGCACCGAUGUGAUGGUGGGCCAGAACCAGAAGGGUCUCUUCUUCCGCUUGUUCUAUCCCUGCGUCUCGCAAGAGGGGGCAGAACAGCCCUCCUGGAUCCCCCGCUAUGAGUAUUACUGUGGACUAGCUGACUACAUGAACCUGAACCGGAAAUGGUGCGCCCCAUUACUCAGCGUGACCUUCGGGUCAUGUCGAAUCCCCGUGAGCUGGGACAGCCCUCUUAAACCGAGUAACAGCAAGUAUCCCUUGAUCAUAUUCUCCCAUGGACUAGGAGCCUUCCGAACUGUUUACUCUUCUAUCUGUGCUGAAAUGGCUUCUCGUGGGUUUCUGGUGAUGGCGCUUGAACACAGAGACCGCUCUGCUUCUGCCACUUACUUCUGCAAGGGGGAACCUGAGGCUUCAGUGCAGGAAGAAUGGCUCUCCUAUCAAGGGGUACCAAAAGAUCAGAAGGAGUUUCGCUUCCGAAACCCCCAGCUCCAUCAGCGAGCGAACGAGUGCAUCCGGGGACUGAAGCUGAUCCGGAACAUCGACAGCGGCAAGGCGGUCAUCAACCUCUUGCACACGGACUUUGAUCUGUCCUCCUCGCUGAAGGACAACGUGGAUUUGUCCAGAGUGUCCGUCAUGGGUCACUCCUUCGGAGGGGCGACAGCAAUCCUCGCCCUUGUGAAAGAGGCCCAGUUCAAGUGUGCUGUUGCCCUCGAUGCCUGGAUGUUCCCUUUGGAGAACUCUCUCUACCCAAAAGUGACCAAGCCAGUGCUUUUUGUCAACACCGAGACCUUUCAGACUGUGGAUAGCGUGGCCAAGAUGAAAAGGAUCUGCUCCACAAAUGAUGAGACCAAAAUAAUCACAAUCUUGGGUACCGUCCAUCAGAGCCAAACCGACUUCACCUUCCUUGCAGGCAACCUCCUGAACAGGGUCUUCCAAACAAGGGGAACCCUCAAUCCGUAUGAAGGGCUGGAUAUCACUAAUCAGGCGGCACUUGCCUUCCUACAAAAGCAUCUCCAGCUGAAAGAAGACUUUGACCAGUGGGAUGGCCUUCUGGAAGGUGUCGGGGAUGCUGUCAUUCCAGAUGGACCUCUGCAGAAGUCCAGCCUCUAGAUAUCAAAGGCAGGGUGUCUCCAGGAUACUUAGGAUUCUUGAAUGAGUGGGGAAGAAAGCAUUCCCUUAUAUACAAAUUGCUGUUUGGAUAUAACACCUGCUACCAACUUCCUGGUGGCUCUGCUGAUGAGAUGCUCUGGCCAUCCUGUAACUUGCUUAAACAUACUAUUCAGUCCUCUGUUGCUACAGAAAGGAAGAUCUGAGAUGUGGAUAAUUGGGGAAGUAUGUCUGCAUCUCUGUGGCUUUUGGAGGAGGAACAGCAAUAAAGAUUGUAGUCUCGUAGCACUGGGGAGUCUCCUGGACGAGCUUCCAAUGAAAUGAAAGGUCAGGUGGAUGAAACCCCCUUUGAUACCAUCCUUCGGCAGUCUACAUUCUGGGAAAAUUACUCGAGAGCUUUCAGUGGUAAAAUUCCUGCAGCUUCCUGUCAAAGGCAAACAGAGUCCAAGCAGCUGAUUGUCUCACCUGUGAUGGUACCUAGAGGAUGAAGGACCUGCCUGAUCUAUGGCUCACCAUGGAAACCAGAGCGAAGAUUAUCCCUGAUUGGAGAAUCAGAAAAUCUCAGGGCUGUGUAGAAGCAUCUGUGUCUCUGGCUGAGCCGUUCUUCAAAUCCCUUCUUGGCACAUGAUUAGUUAAUUGCCAGAUGUUUUCAUUGCCAUUCACUUCUUACCGCUUGAUUCCUCCCAGAUGUUUCCGUAGCCUAUAUCGGGUCUGUUUGUUAGUUUUUGUACCUGAACAACAAUUCAAACUCCUAGAGGCAACUUUUCAAAUGGUUAGAUUGGACCAAGCAUGUGGCUGGCAUCAAAUAAUAGUGGACACGCUGCAGGGAAGUAUUUGCAAAUUUAAUUUGUAAAACUAAAAAAUAAGAGGUUCAAAUAGGUCUUGAAGUUUUCACUUCUGACCUACAUCCAAACUACUUCUGACACUGGAGAUCUGUGUUUGGAUUGGGGCCAUAGUACUGAUGGAUUGGAUGGAUUCCUCUUCCCCCUAAGUUGUUUUCUCAUCAAGGAAUGACUACUCUCAGACAUCUGCUUUAAACUUUGGGGAAGGGGGAAUGAGAUACAACACAAGUACCUCUUUCCCUUUCGGGGACGUAAGGCCAUGGGAGGAGAGUUUAACACACACCACUUUCCCAGCAAUGCAGUCCCCCCGCCCAUAGGAACACAUAUUGGAGGCCCAAUCCAAACACAGGUCAUCAUUUUAUGUCCCCCCCACCUCUGUUAUUACUCAGGAAAUAAUCUAAAUGCUGCUGGGAUGACUCGCGUCAUUCAAAACUUGUAUGACACGCAUGUGAUGAGGUCUACGUUUAAUUCUUGUUAGCUCUGUGGGAAGAAGAGAUUUGUGGGUUUUAACAUGUUCUUAUGCUGCUAAUA